UCCUGUUGUUGUUAGCCUGGCUGCUAGCUUAAUAAGCUAGCUGUCUCCACCUGCAUCUUUGGCCGCCAAGCAUAAUUAGCUAUAUAAACAAGGCACGGCAACGUUUCAAAUUUACCGCUGGGUUCUUGCGGGUAGUUCGGAGUCACCUGUUUUCCCGUCGACAUGGACGAGGAAUAUUACAGCGGUGCCGGAGACUGGGAAGGCACGGACGGGAACACGGAGGACGGUUAUGUUGAAGGAGAAAACGACGGGAAAAUCCAGGAAGACUGUCUGAAGAAAUUCUCCAGUAGGGAUUACAUCAUGGAGCCCGCCAUCUUCAACACACUCAAAACGUAUUUCCAAGCAGGCGGCUCUCCAGAACACGUCAUCCAGCUUCUCUCUGAAAACUACUCUGCUGUGGCUCAGACCGUUAAUCUGCUGGCUGAGUGGCUCAUCCAGAUGGGUGUGGAGCCAGCGCAGGUCCAAGAGCGAGUAGAAAAUCACCUCAAGAGUCUCCUGAUAAAACACUUCGACCCCCAGAAAGCCGACUCCAUCUUCACUGUUGAGGGAGAGACUCCAGCUUGGCUCGAGCAGAUGAUAGCGCACACAACGUGGAGAGACCUCUUCUAUAAGCUGGCAGAGGCUCACCCCGACUGCCUGAUGCUCAACUUUACUGUAAAGCUCAUUUCAGACGCAGGUUAUCAGGGAGAGAUCACCAGUGUGUCGACAGCUUGUCAGCAGCUUGAAGUUUUCUCCCGUGUGUUGAGGACGUCUUUGGCCACAUUGCUGGACGGAGGAGAAGAAAAUCUGGAGAAGAACUUGCCAGAAUUUGCUAAGAUGGUGUGUCACGGCGAACACACCUACCUCUUUGCCCAGGCCAUGAUGUCCAUCCUCUCUCAGGAGGAACAGGGAGGCUCAGCUGUUCGUAGGAUUGGCCAGGAGGUGCAGAAGUCUGCACAUGAGAGAGGUCAUGAUGCCAGUCAGAUAACCCUGGCCCUCGGCACCGCAGCAGCCUACCCACGAGCCUGCCAGGCGCUGGGUGCCAUGUUGUCCAAAGGAGCCCUGAAUCCAGCUGAUAUAACGGUUCUGUUCAAGAUGUUCAGCAGCAUGGACCCCCCUCCUGUCGAGCUGAUCAGAGUGCCGGCCUUUUUAGACCUGUUCAUGCAGUCACUUUUUAAACCGGGAUCAAAGAUCAACCAAGACCAUAAACACAAAUACAUCCACAUCCUGGCCUAUGCUGCCAGUGUGGUGGAGACAUGGAAGAAGAACAAGCGAGUAAACAUCAAUAAAGAUGAGCUGAAGUCGACUUCAAAGGCCAUCGAGACUGUGCACAACCUGUGCUGCAAUGAGAACAAAGGAGCUACCGAGCUGGUGGCUGAACUCGGCACUUUGUAUCAGUGUAUCCGGUUUCCAGUGGUUGCUAUGGGAGUUUUGAAGUGGGUGGACUGGACGGUGUCUGAGCCGCGGUACUUCCAGCUCCAGACAGACCACACCCCGGUCCAUUUAGCUCUACUGGAUGAGAUCUGUACGUGUCACCAGCUGCUGCACCCGCAGGUCCUCCAGCUGCUCAUUAAGCUCUUUGAGACAGAGCACUCUCAGCUGGACGUCAUGGAGCAGUUGGAGUUGAAGAAGACGCUACUUGACCGAAUGGUUCACCUGCUGAGCCGUGGCUACGUGCUGCCUGUCGUUGGUUACAUCAGGAAAUGUCUGGAGAAACUCAACACAGACAUCUCCCUCAUUAGAUACUUUGUCACCGAGGUCCUGGAUGUGAUCGCGCCACCCUACACGUCGGACUUUGUUCAGCUCUUCUUGCCCAUCCUUGAGAACGACAGCAUCGCGGGAACAAUCCGCACAGAGGGAGAGCAUGACCCUGUUGCCGAGUUCAUUGCUCACUGCAAGUCAAAUUUCAUCAUGAUUAACUGACGUGGAGACGACACAGAAAACAUUCUUGUGGGAGACUGUGCAAAGAGACAGGAGAUACGUUAAGAACCAAAGGCUCUAUACUGGACACUGAAGCACACAACUUUGAGACGGACUUUAAAGUUUGAAUGAGUGAGUGGAGAUGAGUUUGGGUUGAGGCUGCAAAUUGGACAAAUGUCACAGAAAGUAAUAAGACAGACAGGUCAAUGGAGGAGCCUCUGAAGAUGCAGCUAAAUGUUUUUUUUUUUUUCACUUGUAAAUUUGAUUUUCUAUAUUUUAUGUAGGUUUGAGCUGUUUUAAAAUAAAAACCUGAAUGUAUGAUCGUAA